UACUACGUAAUUUAAUAAAAAGAACAUUUUAAAAUUGGAAUUGUCUAAUUCUCUAACCGUAUUAUACCAAAUUGUAUGUCUUGCAGAAUCGCUACUUAAAAGCCAUAGCCACCAUCCUCUUUGUCUAGACCUAAAGUUAAGCCGGCAAAUCCACCAACCCGCAAGAAUCGGGGAAGACAUCGGUGCCCUAGAAAUAUAGCUUACAACCUUGAAUUAAGAUACCCCAUCUGAGAAAUACAAAGCAUUUUGGUGUAAGGUCAAAAAAGAAAAAACUAAAAGCUCACCAAAGGUAGCAUGAACAAUUAUUGAGGUCAUUGUCAUCUCCAUCGUUCAAGUCCUAAGAGUCUUCUUCCUCAUAGCAACAAAAAAUCCUGCUUUUGUAUAUAUAUAACAGGGAUAUUGGGUUCACCAAUCAUCAGCAGAGUGAAAGAGAAAAUUUUAUUCUCUAGUUAUGAAGGUGAUGAAGAAUUUGAAUUAAAAUAAAUAAUAGUGAUACCUCAAUCUCACUGCCCCUGAAAUCAUCUUUUAAAAUCGAUUGAAGAUCGAAACUACAAUGCUAAGGUUGCACCCGAAGUUAAAAUCAAACUUUCAUCAGAGAUUGCUAGAAGGGAAUCUGAAAAUAUUGAUUAUUAUAAACCCUAGCUGUGAAAUCCAUGGGUAAGCAUGGCCAAAUUUUUAGUAUGAGAUAUAAUUAACUAAUUCUAAAAACAAUCGAAACAUACUUGAGGUAGCCAUUGUCCCUGCCGUGUCUUCUUUGUUGACGUCGUCGGCCUAGGUAGCCGCUCAUGAACAAUAGACGGUGAAGACAAAUCAAGAAACAGGGGGGAGGGACAAAGAAGCAGAGGCGGUCGCCAUGGCCGUCAUCCCGCCGGCGAUAGAGUUCGGAGAUCUAUGCGACGAAAUCGUCGAAACCAUCUUCUCUUUCGUCCCCCUGAAAUCCCUAGCGAAGCUGGAGACCGUUUCCAAAUCAUGCAGCAAUUAAUUUCCAGAGUCCGGCUCCACCACCCGCCCGUCACCGACUCCGGUCUCAUUCUCCACCUCUGGUCCUUCGGAGGCGCCGGAAUCACUCAAAAAUCCGUCUUCUUGAAACUCCACUACCCCCACAACGCCGAGCUCUGCACCAUCAACUCCUCCGCCCCGAACAAAUUCCCCUUCUUGAUCGAUUCUUGCAACGGGUUAAUCCUCUAUGGAGCAGAUAUAUGGAUGACAAAAAGACUUAAAAUUACAUCGUACAUUCCCAGGUUUCCGACCAAUUCAUAGUUUGUGUGGUGAGAACUGCGGUUUGUGCCUUAGAGCACUGGAAUUGAGCUUCACGCCCGCCGGCGUGAACGGGCAUUUAACGCCCCGAGGCGUGAAACACCGCCCCCUCCGCCGUUAUUUGGGCUUGAUUGGGCGUGCGUUAAAGGAAUGACGCUGCGUGAUUCCAUUCCCCUCCCCCCUUAACGGCUAUAAUAGACAUUGCACCCCCCAAUUCAAAAAAAAAUUCUUAUAAAUUCAACCCCCCUCUCCCAAUCUCUCACACCUUCUCCAUCUUCAAUCUCUUCUUCUUCCCAAUUUUUAAAAUUCAAAAUUACCCCCUCUCUUUUCAACAUGAAUCCUUCCGGCUCCGGCUUCUUUCCCGACGAUCUCCCGCCGAGUGACGCCGCGAUGUGGUUGUACCAACAGUGGGGCGAUCGAUCGCCGAUCUACGAGACGCAACAAUCGGGGUAUGUCGACCGAGAUUUGGUUCCGGAGACUCAACCGGAACCGUCCGGAUCGAAAAAAAGUACACGCCGGAGGAGCCACAAAGCCAAAAGCACGUCGGCCGAGGCGGCACGGUCAAUCCAAAAGUUGACGCUGGAGGAGGAGUGCAUAUUGGCGUCGGCUUGGGUUGACGUCU